CCUAAUCCUCAGAUCUACGAUCUCGUAACCAUGGUGGCGAUCACGAAAAGUCUCUGUUUUUCUUUCAUCAUCCUCGCUUCCUUUGCAACCCUCUUCUCCGUCGCUGAUGCAUGGUAUUUUAACGUCGGAGGUAACGGCGUUUGGGCCGUAAAUCCACGGUUGAGUUACAAUACUUGGGCAGAAAAAAACCGUUUCCAAGUCAAUGACACUCUCUAUUUCAAGUUUGAGAAGGAAUCGGACUCGGUGCAAGAAGUAAUGGAUGUUGAUUACAACGGCUGCAACGUUGGGAAUCCUCUCCAGAACUUUGUCAAUGGAGAUGCUUUGGUUACUCUUAAUCGAACUGGGCCGUUUUAUUUCAUCAGUGGUAAUCAAGAUCACUGUUUGAAAGGUCAGAAGCUGGUCGUCGUUGUCCUCUCCGUCAGAAAUCACCAGACGGUACCCAUUUCUCCGGCGAAAGCUCCAAUGUCUCAUUCCCCUGUUUCUCCAGCGAAAGCUCCUAAAUCUCAUUCCCCUGUUUCUCCAGCGAAAGCUCCGAAAUCUCAUUCCCCUGUUUCUCCGAUUUCUCCGGCGAAAGCUCCGACAACGGACCAACCUCCGAAGUCUACUUCCCCGGUUUCUCCAAUUUCUCCGGCGAAAGCUCCGUCGACGGCUAAACCUCCAAAAUCUCAUUCCCCUGCUUCUCCAGCGAAAGCUCCGUCUACGGCCAAACCUCCAAAGUCUCAUUCUCCUGUUUCUCCAAUUUCUCCGGCGAUAGCUCCGUUAACGGCUCAAUCUCCGAAGUCCCCUUCCCCUGUUUCUCCGGUGAAUCCCCCGUCAAAAUCGCAGCCACCGAAAUCCUCUGUUUCUCACGCACCUGCUGUGUCUCCGUCCCAUGCACCAAAAUCUCCAUCGCCGUCAACUUCUUCCCCCGUAAACUCUCCAACGUCUUCGCCAUCGCCUGACGAGUCACCGGAUUUUCCGACGCCUGAGCAGAGUUCACCAUCUCCUUCUGAAUCAACUCCGUCUUCUGCUAACGUCACGGCGCCGGCGCCAAGUCCCAAAAAUGCAGCAGUUGUGGCCGUUGCUUCGGUUAUGACUUCAGUAUUAAGUGUCGUCUUCACCUUUUUAAUGUUCGGUUAAUCCUAAACCAAUUGGUUUUUCGUGUUUGAUUUAC